AUGUACCAACACGCCUACUGCCUACUUACAGCAAGGUUCCUAAGCUCCUCACUCGAUUCCAACCGCGAAAGCGAAGCAGGGAGUAGGCACGGCAUCGACCACCCGAGAAAUAUUGUUCAGACGCUUGCGUUCCUGAGCAAAGACGUGCGUAGUCGCGACGAAUUACAAUACGACUUGUCCAACAAAUACGCAGACGGGAAGGAGGAUGACGACCGUUGA